AUGUUGGCAUUCCUCCGCAUGCACCUCGACAAGGUACUCCCGCCAGUGCCAGAGUCCAGGGAGGAGGUAAUGGCGGCUCCCGUUGAAAGGCAGGGGUUCGUCAUGCCUCCCAUCCUCCCGGACGCGUUCGAACGCGGCCUCGAGGACCAGGGCAUCCGCCUCCAACUCCAAUUUGGACGGAUGUCGUUCGUCAACAAACUUAAGCCCCUCCAAGACCACUUGGAGAACGAGAACGCCAUCUACGCCUGGGAGAACCACCAGAUGAAGGAGCGUGUCGCAUCCUACGCCACCGCUAUGGGCAACGCUGUUGCGGCUCUUGAGUGGCUCCAUGAAGUCAAUCCGGACAUCGACUACGAGGGACACUCUGUCAAGGCUGCCAAUGAGCUCUACCGCCUUGCGCAGGAUGAGCCAGAAUUUUACGAUGCGCUUGAGCAGGGACGAGAGAGGAUGUGGGAUUUGGGAUCGAAGUUGAAAGACGGCACCGACAGGAAGCGACUGAAGCAGAUCGACGAGGUCAGGGCCAGAGCUCUUGCUGAGGGCGAAACAGAGGCGAACGCUAUGAGUAAAGCUGCUAACGACGCCGCCGACAACAACACCAAGCACCAUAAGUGA